AUGGCCAGUUUCUUCGAUCUAAAAGCCCGAAAGGCCGCCGCCGCGACCAAUGGCUCUUCAGACCAGAAAUCUCACAAACCAACCGAAACCAGAAAUCAACCUUGGGUCGAGAAAUACCGACCCAAAAGCCUCGACGAUGUCACCGCUCAAGAUCAUACCGUGACCGUCCUCCAAAGAACUCUCCAAGCCUCCAACCUCCCUCACAUGCUGUUCUACGGUCCUCCUGGCACCGGUAAAACAUCCACAAUCCUCGCACUCGCCAAGGAGCUAUUCGGUCCCGAGAUGAUCAAGUCCCGAGUCCUCGAGCUCAACGCCUCCGACGAGCGAGGCAUCUCAAUCGUCCGAGAAAAGGUCAAGAACUUUGCGCGCAUGCAAUUGACAAACCCAGCCCCCGGAUACAAGCAAAAAUACCCCUGCCCUCCAUUCAAAAUCAUCAUCCUCGACGAAGCCGACUCCAUGACACAAGAUGCCCAGAGUGCGCUGCGACGAACCAUGGAAACAUACAGCAAGAUUACUCGCUUCUGCUUAAUCUGCAAUUACGUCACCCGAAUCAUUGACCCGCUGGCCAGUCGUUGCAGCAAGUUCCGAUUCAAGAGUCUUGACCAGGGCAAUGCCAAGAAGAGGUUAGAGGAGAUUGCUUCCGCGGAAGGUGUAGCGUUGGAAGAUGGCGCCAUUGAUGCUCUUAUCCGGUGUAGUGAGGGCGAUUUGCGUAAAGCGAUUACGUUCCUGCAGAGUGCAGCGAGAUUAGUUGGUGCGAAUGCUGCCAAGGAUGGUGGUGAUGAUGAGCAGAUGGACGUUGAUAAGAGGCCUGUGGCUGUCAAGAUUGUUGAGGAUAUAGCGGGUGUUAUUCCGGAAAGAACAAUUGGUGAGCUGGUUGAUGCUAUGCGUCCGCGUGGUGUGGGACAGACUUAUCGCUCUGUGUCAAAGAUUGUGGAGGAUAUGGUUGCGGAUGGAUGGAGUGCAACUCAGGUGGUUUCACAGCUUUAUCAAGCCCUGACGACGGACGAGACGAUAGCAGAUGCCCAUAAGAAUAAGAUUGUCAUGGUCUUUUCAGAGGUUGACAAGAGGCUGGUGGAUGGAGCGGACGAGCAUCUGUCGAUUCUAGAUCUCGCAAUGAGAAUAUCGGCCAUCUUAGCUAGCAAAUAG